AUGGCCAUUGACAAAGAUUCAUCUAAAAGACCGGCUAAUACCGCAUUUAAACAACAAAGAUUAAAAGCAUGGGAACCAAUUUUAACACCAGGACCAGUAAUUAUUGCAUUUAUUGUUAUUGGUAUUGUUUUUAUACCAAUUGGAGCAGCAAUUAUCAAUUCAUCAAAUAAGGUGUUAGAACAUGUAAUUAGAUAUGACGAUAAUCCAAAUUGUCAAUUAGGACAAAAAUGUACAAUUAAUUAUACACUCCCAACUGAAAUGGAAUCACCAGUUUAUUUGUAUUAUAAAUUGGAUAACUUUUAUCAAAACCAUCGUAGAUAUGUAAAAUCAAGAAAUGAUGAUCAACUUAGAGGUAUUGAAGUAACAGAUUUCAGUAAAUUAAAGGAUUGUGAACCAUUAAUUACAACUGAUGGUUCUGAAGAUGUUAAUAAGAUUUUAGUUCCAUGUGGUUUAAUUGCAAAUAGUGUUUUUAAUGAUUCAAUUUCAUUAGCAGAUGCUUCAGGUAAUUUAAUAAAUUUAACCAAAAAAGGUAUUGCAUGGCAAUCAGAUAUUGAUAAGAAGUUUAAAAAUUACCCAGAGAAUGGUGUAGGUGUAAUUAAUUUUUCAAAUUUUGAAGAUGAAGAUUUCAUUGUUUGGAUGAGAACUGCUGCUUUACCAGAUUUUAAAAAACUUUACAGAAUUUAUCAUGGUCAAAAUGGUCCAUUGAGUGGUACCAUUCAAAUUAGAAUUGAUAAUAAAUACCCAGUUGCUUCAUUUGAUGGUAAAAAAUAUGUAGUUUUAUCAACAACUUCAUGGAUUGGUGGUAAAAAUCCAUUUUUAGGUUAUGCUUACAUUAUUGUUGGUAUUAUUUGUUUCGUUCAAGGUGUCGUAUUUGCUAUUAAACACAAGAUCAGCCCAAGAGUACUUGGUUCACCAAAAUAUUUAGAAUGGAAUAAAUAA